AUGGAUGUGGUAGGCGAAAACGAGGCCCUACAACAGUUCUUUGAAGCUCAAGGUGCCAAUGGUACUCUGGGGAACCCCACCCUGGAUACAAGUCUACUGGAGGAGUUCUUGGGCAAUGACUUCGAUUUGGGAGCCUUGCAAGGCCAGCUCCCAGACACCCCACCCUAUUCUGCAUCAGAUUCCUGCUCUCCUCCACAGGUCAAAGGUGCAUGCUGUCUGACUCUGACGCCUACAGCCCCGGGGACACCAGUUGGCCGCCUCCAUUCGGCAAAUGCACCUGGGAUUCCGCCUGCACACCAGUCGCACAGCUCGUCUGAAAUGAGCAGCUCUGGCCAUCCCCACAGUGCCUUUCACAACUGCUACCCAGACGCCAGUCACCUCAUGAGCCCCCUGGACCAGUCUGUGUCUGGGGGAAUUGGUUGUUCUUACCAUCAGCAGCCUCUGUGCCACAGUCCUGGAGUCUCAUUGCCACCAACCAAGAAGAGAAAGUGCACACAGGUGCUGGAGGACUCCGGGGACUGUCACGUGUGGACCCACCACUCCAGACCCAUGACAGGGAGGAGUCACAGCAUCGAAGUGCAAGAUCUGGACAGUGAGACACAGAACAUGAUGCUUGCAGACCAGCCCUCUCCUGCUUUGAAGUGGCAGCCAUACCGAAGUGUUCCUUGGCAUAGCUUAUUAAACAGUCAAUAUGAAAAACUACCCGAUGUAGGCUAUCGAGUCGUCACAGACAAAGGAUUUAAUUUUUCGCCAGCAGAUGAAGCUUUUGUUUGCCAAAAGAAGAACCAUUUUCAGAUCACCAUCCAUAUUCAAGUUUGGGGAAGUCCAAAAUUUGUCAAAACCCAAAUGGGUCUAAAGCCAAUAGAAACGUUUUACUUGAAACCUUUUGGGGUUAAGGUAGAAGCCACCAAUCAAAUAAUUGCUAUUGAACAGUCCCAAGCAGACAGAAGCAAAAAGAUUUUCAAUCCUGUUAAAAUUAACCUGCUGGCCGACCAGGUCACCAAAGUAACUCUGGGCCGGUUACACUUCAGUGAAACCACAGCAAAUAACAUGAGAAAGAAGGGGAAGCCAAACCCUGACCAGAGAUACUUCAUGUUGGUGGUUGGACUGUAUGCUGCUAACCAAGGCCAGUUCUACCUGUUGUCUGCCCACAUCUCUGAACGAAUCAUUGUAAGGGCCUCCAACCCUGGGCAAUUUGAAAAUGACAUUGAUGCAUUAUGGCAGCGAGGACAAGUUCCAGAGUCUGUCGUUUGUCACGGUCGCGUGGGCAUAAACACAGAUGCACCGGACGAAGCCCUGGUUGUCUGUGGCAACAUGAAAGUGAUGGGGACGAUUAUGCAUCCCUCUGACAGCCGGGCAAAGCAGAACGUCCAGGAGGUUGACACAAACGAACAGCUGAGAAGAAUAGCCCAAAUGAGGAUUGUUGAAUAUGACUACAAGCCUGAAUUUGCAUCUGCAAUGGGAAUAAAUGCUGCCCAUCAGACAGGAAUGAUCGCCCAGGAGGUGCAAGAGAUCCUGCCCAGAGCUGUGAGGGAGGUUGGCGAUGUCACCUGUGAAAACGGAGAGACGUUGGAGAACUUCCUCAUGGUGGAUAAGGACCAGAUCUUCAUGGAAAAUGUGGGUGCAGUGAAGCAGCUUUGCAAAUUAACCAACAACCUUGAAGAAAGAAUAGAAGAGUUAGAAAUAUGGAACAGAAAGCUGGCCAGGCUAAAGCGGCUCAGUAGUUGGAAGUCCUCUGCCAGUGAGGCGAGCUCAAUCAGCAAAUUUAGCAGAGCUCUUAGUGCAUCUUCUCCAAAAAGGACCAUUUCCAAAAAAAACAGCAAGGUUUCUUUUUCAGGAAAAAAACAGUCAUGUCCUAACUGGGUUUUCCAGAGCUUGGUUAUAACCCUCAUUGCUGUGAUGGCAUUUUGCUUAAAAGAUCAAGACCGAUGUACCCCAAGUGCCCCUUCCGGCAACCUCACAAGCUCUCAGGAGCCAGCUCUGCCCUCCACAGCUUCCCCCUCAGCACCUAAUACAACCCUGGCAACCACACUGCCCUCCUUCCAAGUACCUGAGAUCACUUUCUGUGAGAUCCUGCCAUGUCAGCAGACUUACUGCUGCCCCAUCUGGAGAACAAGAAGCGGCCUCUCAAGCCCCAUGCAAAGACGGUCGGAGGAGCAGGAGCUGCACCAGGGGCCAUGGGCAGGCAGAAGCGCAUCAUUCUUGGCAGCAGAGGCACAAACCAACAUCGACUGGAGAAGUGAUUGGAUUGAUACAACCAUCAGUUCUAUUCAGAUUAUGGAAAUCCAGCAAAUAAUAGAUCAACGGUAUUGCAGUAGAAGCCUCCAGUGCGGGUCUGGAAAUUACUAUUACCAUAUUCCUGUUAAUAAGUACACACCUACCAAUGUCAAAUUCUCUCUGGAAAUCAACACAACAGAGCCACUGAUAGUCUUCCAGUGCAAGUUCACCCUUGGAAAUAUGUGUUUCCAUAGUAAAAUUGAGGCCAAAGGGAUGGAAAGUCAACAGGAAGUCUCCCAGGAGAUGACACAGGGGUAUCAGCACAUUUGGAGCCUCCCUGUAGCACCACUCUUCGACAGUGGGUACCAUUUCCGGGUAGCUGCACCGGAUUUAGCUGACUGUUCAACGGACCCUUAUUUUGCCGGGAAAUUCUUUACAGACUACUUCUUUUACUUCUAUCGACAUUGUGUAUAA